AUGGCCCGUACCAAGAGCGACGCAGCACCCCGUGCUCGGGGCCGUGGGCGCGGCCUGAAACGCCCUGCGCGGGCCUUGGCCAAGGGCCACGAAAAGGUGGCAGAAAGGGCACCGGAAACGGAGCUGGAAAAGGCGAAAGAUCUGGUUGAAGCUCCAGUUGAGACUCCAAAAGUUGAAACUCCGAAAGAGGAACAAGAAGCUGAACUCAGCCAACCUCAAGGAGAAGUUGGAGAACUUCAACUGGAAAUCAAUGAGGAGAAAGUGGAACCAAUUGAACGACUUCGGAGUCCUCAAGAGGACGAGAUUGAGCUUCCACAGGAACCAAAUGGCACUGACAGCGAGAAAUCCGAAUCUGAGAGUUCCUGUGGAAGUUCUGAAAGUGAUGAGAUGGAUGAGAUGGACGUCUCUUUCCAGGAAUCUUCUGGAAAUCCCCAGCCCAACCGACCCAACCGACCCAACCAACCCAACCUUCCUUAUUUGGUGGACAAUGACUCAGGGGUCUACUUUACCCUGCACCAAUCACCUCGUAGAUGUUGGGUGCAUGCCUUCCGGUGGCCCAGCGAUCACCUUUGGGUGAGACGAUUUCCGGGACAGCUGGAAAAGACAGCGCUGGGGCAGGGCUUUGUGGCCUUUGCCAGUCGCCGGAAGGUCUAUGUCUUCAGCUCAGGUGGUGGUUAUCCCAUCUUUCCUCCCUUGCUCUUGGAGGAACCGUUGCUGCAGAUGCGUUUGCAACACGCUUUUCUGCUGCUGUUGAGCCUCGACGGUCAGGCGAAGGUGCUUGACCUGGCUGAGCGACGAUGUCUUUGCAGAGCUUCCCUGAAGGAUCUCUGCGAACCGUCGCUGCUGCAGUUGGAUGAUGCUUUGCAGAUGAGUUUUGAAGGGCAACUCACUUUGCAGAUCCAAAAUCAGCAGCUGCGUUUCGACAACAAUCUGCAGUUGUGGAUGACUGACGGUGAGGGCGAAAAGAUGCCGAACAAGCGCUCUUUGGGGUGA